CGCUAUUGCGUUGUGUCAUCAUUGUUAAUAUUGUAUCACACGAACCCGGUGCAACCCCGGGGCUCAGCCGCGGUCACGUCACAGACCCGGAAGUGAGGCGGUGCCGUGUUGUUUCCUGUAGCUUUUGCAGAGACGAGAGCUGGGAGACAGGGAGGAGAAAACAGCGGGGACGAGGAGCAAGAAAACCAGCCUGGAAAUCACGGAGCGCCGACGCAAUGGCGCACCAGACCGGGAUUAACUCUACUCCGGAGCUCAAGGAGUUCCUCUUCAAGGCGCGGAACGGGUCGGUGCGGCUCAUCAAGGUGGUCAUCGAGGAUGAGCAGCUGGUGCUUGGCGCGUACAAAGAGCCGUCACGGAGCUGGGACCAGGACUACGACAGGUUCCUGCUUCCCCUCCUCGAGGAAGAUGAACCCUGCUACAUCCUGUACCGCCUCGACUCCCAGAAUGCACAGGGCUACGAGUGGCUCUUCAUUUCCUGGUCACCUGACCACUCCCCGGUGAGGCAGAAGAUGCUGUACGCAGCCACCAGAGCAACCGUGAAGAAGGAGUUCGGAGGGGGACACGUCAAGGACGAGAUCUUCGGGACGCUGCAGGAAGACGUCUCGUUCCUGGGGUACCAGCGGCACGUCUCCUCCUGCUCCGCCCCUGCUCCCCUCACCGCUGCCGAGCAGGAGCUGCAGCAAAUCAAAAUCAAUGAGGUGAAGACGGAGAUCAGCGUGGAGAGUAAACACCAGACUCUGCAGGGUCUGGCCUUCCCCCUCCAGGAGGAGGCACAGCGAGCCAUCCUGCUGCUCAAGCAGAGGAACAUCAACUACAUCCAGCUGAAGCUGGAUAUCGAGCGUGAGACGGUGGAGCUGGUGCACACCAAGGCCACGGAGCUGGGGGAGCUGCCACACCGCAUCCCCACCGACACGCCCAGAUACCACUUCUUCCUGUACAAGCACAGCCACGAGGGAGACUAUCUGGAGUCUGUGGUGUUUAUCUACUCCAUGCCCGGGUACAAAUGCAGUAUUAAGGAGCGGAUGCUCUACUCCAGCUGCAAGAGCCGGCUGCUGGACGAGGUGGAGCAGGACUUCCAGCUGGAGAUCGCCAAGAAGAUGGAGAUUGAUAACGGGGACGAGCUGUCUGCAGACUUGCUGUACGAGGAGGUGCACCCCAAGCAGCAGGCCUUCAAGCAGGCCUUCGCCAAGCCCAAGGGGCCGGCUGGCAAGAGAGGCGUGAAGAGAAUAAUUAAGGGGGCGGGCGAGAACGGAGAGGACCGCUAGAGGAGAGGCUGCCGGGCUCUGGGAGCUGGACUCUUUACACCCAUACCGUCCUGACAGUGAUGAUGACACUGCCCCUACAGGCCCCUCCUUCACCUCUUCCACCCUCCUCCAGGGACUGGGCAACGCUCAUUCAUUGUCGCCUCUUCAUUUCUUACUGACAUCAACUUUCUUUGAUGUUUCUUUCUUUCUUUCUCUUUUGUUGUAUCUGACACAGUUAUGAGGGUUGGAGGUUGGUUGGAGGUUGGAGGUUGGAGGUUGGAGGUUGGAGGUUGGAGGGUUGGAGGUUGGAGGUUGGAGGGUUGGAGGGUUGGGGUUGGGGUUGGGGUUGGGGGGUUUCCAUGAACUGAUCGAGGUUUUUACAUUUCACACCGUCACACACAAUGAAGGACCAUCGCACUCAUCAGUAACUGAGAUACCUGGUAGAUGUUUCCAACACUUCAGAAUGAAAUCAGGUUCUUGUAAAAGUACACUGUUAACGAUGCAGUAUUUUUUUUUUUGUUUUGUUUUUUUCAGUGAAUGGUAAUCAUGUUUUGGUAUCCUUGUGAGGACCCAAGUCAGUAAAGAAUAAGUUGAAUUAUUCAUACAUGCAUAGAUCUUUAAACACAGAUGUGUGUGUGUGUGUGUGUGAUGUCAUGCACACACACACACGCAGUCUGUCUCUCUCCUGCCCCUCAGGUCUGUUCACUGAAGGGGGGGCUUCAUGUUAUUCAAACCCCUCCCUCAUUCGUUACAGGUUUGCUUGACCGGAGACCCCCUGAUAGUGUUUUUAUAAACAUACUUGAACACUCCAAGACUAGCCCAGACCCCCCCCCCCCCCCCCCCCAGGACGAGGGCCGAGGUCCUUGUGAUGCCCCCCCCCGGACAGCUGCUGCUUGGACGGGUUGAACGCACAGUCAGCCGCUAGCUGGGUUACUAACAGAUCUGUUGUAAUAACUUUCUACAGCCAUGUGUCAGCUGUUUCAUUUUGUUUUUCUCGCUGUUUAACAAGUAAACUAUAAAAGUAAAGAUUUGUAACACA